UUGUCGUGUCGCGUUCGUCCGUCGAACUCGAAAGUCUUCGAUUACACCUUUCAGUAUAGUGCCGCUCCUCUCACCGUCUCACGCAGUCUCCUUUCUUCCUCACUGUUCCAGAUUCGCCGAGCCGAGACUAAGAACCCCAAAAUCCCAAGCGCUUUCAAGCUAAAACCCUAGGAAUUUGAUCGCGCUUCUGAUUACAGGAAGCAAAGAGAAGAGUCGCGAAGCUUCUUUUCCCCUGCUCAUCUUCCUGCUUUUUUUCUCUCGCCGACCCGGCAAGCUUCACGCUAAUGGCUUCCUCAUCGACGGCGACGGAGAGAAGGGGGAUACCAGGAGCUCAGUUCGUGGAAGAUGUGGAGACAUAUCUAACCCAAUCAGGACUCGAUGUCAACUCUGCCCUUUCCUUCCUUCAGGAGAGGCUUCAGCAGUAUAGGGUUGUGGAGAUGAAGCUACUUGCUCAGCAAAGGGAUCUUCAGGCGAAGAUCCCUGAUAUUGAGAAAUGCUUGGAUGUGGUUGCCACUUUGCAGUCUAAGAAGGGUACUGGUGAGGUUCGUUUUGGUUCUCUCGAUUAUGAUCCCCAGUUGGCUACAUGAACAUGAAUGCGGCUUACAUUUGCAAUUCCUUGUAGUGGCUUUAUGUGUGUGGGAAAUGAUGAGAGAUGCAAUUGCAGCGUAACUCCACAUUUAUUAGGUUAUGAACUACAGUUCCUUCGCCAUUUCAAUGCUUGCUUCUUUCUUAGAAUUGGGAGUUCAUACGUCCAAUACCUUUCAAGACAUCGACCUGCAGAGACUAUUUCAGAUGUCUAUAUAUUUUUUUGUCUUGCACCUUCAAAAGGAUUUAUGUUUCUCUUUUAAAUAUUGGGAUCUAGUCCACUGCAAAUGUUGAACCAAACUAUUAAGCUUCCCUGUCCUGUCCUGUCCUGUUUCUUUCUUUCUUUCUUUCACUUCCUUUUUUGUGUGUCUUGGUGCUUUUAAGUAGUGCAUCAGCUAUCAAGUAUCAAGUUAGCUGGCUAAUGGGUGUAGGCUGUUAGCCGAUUCAAUUUGUUUUUUUAUCUAUCUAGAUUGUCAAGCCAUGUUCAGCUAUGUAGUAGUCUAGUACUCGGUCAUAGAAAAACAACUGAAAGGUCUAGCCGUCUAGCUAGCUUGGCAUCCUUGUGUUCAUUACAAACAUUUGAGUCGCAAAAAGUGUUUCUGGCAAGAGAGACUUCGUAAUCCUCUGUAACUUAAAUGUCCCGGGGCAUACAUGAUAAACUUCCUGUUUUCCGGUUUAAUAUUCUGGGUGCAGGCACUUAUUGCUGACUUUGAAAUCGCCGAAGGCAUCUACUCACGUGCUUCCAUUGAUGAAAGUGACUCGGUUUGUUUAUGGCUGGGAGCAAAUGUCAUGUUGGAGUAUUCAUGUGAAGAGGCCACUGCCCUACUGCAGAAGAAUCUAGAGAACGCUAAAGCUAGUUUAGAAGUCCUUAUUGCUGAUUUGCAGUUUCUGAGGGAUCAAGUCACAAUAACACAGGUCACAGUCGCCCGGGUGUAUAAUUGGGAUGUUCAUCAGCGUAGAUUGAAACAAGCCACUGCUGCUGUUAAAGACUCGUGAGCCAUGGAUCAUUAAGACUUGUGGACUAUCAGUGUAGAUUGAGACAAGCCAUUGAUGUCUGACCUUGGAAAAUGACUUCUCUUUGUGGUUUGUGAGGAAUUAUUUUCGGAUGAGUUUAUCGUCUCCACAUCUACUACUACCAUUUGUUCCCCAUCCCAUCCCAUCCCAUCUCAUCUAUUGUGGCAGUAGAAGCAAACCUCUAGAUCUUUACUCAGGAGCAGUUUUGGUGCCGGAAAGGAUAUCACCUAAGAUGUAAGGUGUGUUUGAGUGGGCUCUUGGCAUUGAACAAGAGUCUGCAGCUAAUUUAUGCUUUUGGGAGAUUGACGGGAUGAAACCGGUCUUAGUAGGAUGGAGUUUGAAUCUGAAAACUGCAGUUGUGAAUUUGUGAUCUGGGAGCAGAUGUAUGGCACAGAGCUCAGAUGGGUAAAUGAAUUGUAACUCAUCAUCUGCUCCAUACUCUCUGUGUUGGUUCAGCAAGCACUCUAUUCGUGCACAAGCCAAAGUCAAUUUAAAGCUGUCGUAUUAUAGCUCUCUGGCAGUUGGGCAGUUAAACUUCUGUCCUAGAUUUGAAUGGUACGUUUCCCUACACGAAUCAAGGUACAGCACUUGGAUCCC